UUUCUUCUUUUGUCAGUCUUCUUCAGUGCAGACUCAGACUCGCUCUGCACAAGAAAUUGGAGUUGUCACCACUCAAAUUCCGCAACUUUCUCUCUUCGUUCAUUGUUAAGAUUUGUUGUUGUUACUGUUGAGGAUGGAGAAGACUUGUGGUGAGGAUGAGCUUACACUCACUGUCACUAGACUCAACAGUGAGUCUAAGAGACGAAAAAUCUGUAAGUCUUUGGAGAAAUACAAAGCUGAUUCAGCUGGGAUAUUGAGGAGUUUACAGGAACAUCUUGAUACACUUGAAACCGAUAUCGAAAAGAAGUCUCUGGAAGUUGAAACAAAGGAAAACAAGCUUCAAGGUCUGACCUUGAAAUUGGGGAAAAUCCAAAAGCAGAUUAAAGUUGCAGAGAUUGAGUCAGGUGACAAAGAAAAGGAACUUGAUUUGCUAAAGAAUCAGAUCAAGUCAGAGGAAAACCAGCUUCAAGUUCUGAGCUUAAACUUGGGGAAAAUCCAAAAGCAGAUUGAGCAACAAACUAAUGUAGUUGAAGCAAAGGCGCGGGAGAUUAAAGCAAUAGAGAUUGAAGCAGGUGGCAAAAGAAAGGAACUUGAUUUGCUAAGGAACCAGAUCACGGCAGAGGAAAUGGCACUCAUUGAGCUUAAGAAAUUAGUGCAGAAUACUCAAAGGGAACUUGAGUUGAAGAAGAAAGAGUUAAGACAAACGAGCAGUGUGUUUGUUAAGAACGAGCAGCAGCCCGUUGCAGCAGAGACUGAGCAGUUUAGUGGAGAUCCUCUCAUGCGUUAUGAAAUCUCAUCAGUUUCUCUUGGUCACCAUGAGGUUUCCAAUGUUCUUAGAGCUAAACCUGAUCCAGGAAGAUAUGUUCUGAAUCUAGUGGAGGGAGAAGUUAAGGAUGCUCAUCGCAAAAAAGAAUCUGGUUUACGGGAGUUACUGGUGGAGAAUUUGGUUGUAUUUAUUGAAGAGCUAGCAGAAAUUAAAGGAUGGGACCAGGCUCAACUGCAGCUCAAGGCGACACAGGUGGCUACUAUUUGGAAAAGGUUGAUAAGCAUCGAAGCUCCAAGAUCAUCUCUCGAGGCUUUGGCUUUUUUGUUGUUCAUUGUGGCAUAUGGAUUAAAGAGUUUGAUCAAUGAAGAAGAGACUGCUCUACUUGUCACAUCUGUUUCUCAUUACAAACAGGGUCCAAAACUCUUUCAUUCGCUUGGUCUCGAACUUAAGAUCCCAGAUUAUGUGCUAGGUCUCAUAAACAACCGCCAUUAUAUUCCUGCAGUACGACUUGUAUGUUUGUUCAAGCUUACAGACUUCCAACCCCAAACUCUCUUAAUGAAAGAGGUCAUCGAUUUAAAACGCUCUGCCCUGGAAAAAGCUGAGAACAAAGACGUUGGAAGAUUGAGAGCCAUCGUUGAACUUGCAGCAGAUUAUAAGCUUGACAUUGAUCUUCCAGCGGACCUUAUUGCCAAACUCAUGUUUCAUAAAGAAAACUCAACACCACCUGUGCUUCAUUGCGCUGUUGAAGCACCAAGCCCAUCAGCAAAUGGUGGGUCUUCAGGUUCAAGGGUGGGUCUUCAGGUUCCUAAGCGCGAGACUGAACCCUUCGUGAUCCCAUUAAAAAAUGGUAGGUUUUAAUGUCUGAUACUCAAUAUGUAUGAAGGCUCUAGUAGGAACCUAAUUAGCUAGUGCUAGGUCUCUCUCUCACUUAUCAAUAGGCUUGUGCCAAUUUGGUCUCUUUAGUUGUAUCUACAUAGUGAACGAUCUUGCUUGUCUGUUUGAUAAACUUGGUCCACUUUUGGUUCUUGUUAUUAUCUAAAGCUUGACUUUUAUUCGAGAGGGUAAGUAUUCAUGUAGAUGUCACUGUUCUUUGGGUGGUUUUAUGGUAGCGUGUUGGAGAAGGUAUAUAUACAUAUAUGAUUAGGGCUUUG